GAGGAGUGAGAGAGAAGGAGUGAGAGGAAGGGUGAAGGAGUGAGAGGGUGAAGGAGACAGAAGAUCAGAUUAAUCGGAACGCGCGUGAGCUCCUCCGUGCGCGUGAACGCUGUGCGCGCGCUCUGUCUGCGGCUCAGAUCAUCUCGGGCAGUCUGAAACAAUCCGCUUCAAACCGCGACGGAAAACCGGGACGAGUGUGUGAGGAGUGUGUGAGGAGUGUGUGAGGAUUGUGUGAGCAGUGUGUGUGAGCAGUGUGUGAGCCCGGGUUUAUGGAGUGUUUCUGGUUAUAAAUACUGAAAGAAGGUGUGUUUCGGGAAGAAAAUAAACCGCCUCAGUGAGGAAAAGCCGCUUCCGCCAUCGGAAUCAGCGCGAGCAAGAGCUCAGAACAACACACACUUCCUGUCGAGUCUAUGAGGUCCUGACUGAAGUGCACAAUGCCUGGACACAGCACCGGGACCAAACACAAGUCUCGACCACACACACACGGGUCGGGAGGCUGCAGGUCCGAGUGUUACAGGCAGAUCUGCUCAAGCAACCAGCACUCCUGCCGAGACCAACACACCACCAAACAGGAGUCGUACAGGAACCAACGCAACUCGAAUCAGGACUCGUACCAGAAUCACUACACUGAUUUACCCCAGCUCAUCAAGCCUGCCCUGCCCCACAGUCCUCCAAACUACCCCAAAUCCACCACGAGUUCAUACCGAGACAAUCACAAAACUAAUCACGAUUCGUACAGGAAUCACCAUGCGGCCAAUCACCACUUGUACCGUGAUAAUCAGCAAGUGUAUCACAACCAUGCCACGAGUCCGGAUCGCAAAAUGUCCCAGGAUUCCGGCCGGAAUUAUUACACCAGUAAUCAGCACUUGUUCCGAGAUCAGGAUUUACAGCGUGAUCAGUGCGCUGAUCCUCCACGUGCCAUCAUUAUCGACACGCAGCCGUCUCACGCCACUUCUCGGAGUUGUGCCAGUGGUCUGAUCCCCAGCGCUCCCUGUGGCUCGUGUUCUUGGUCGAACUGCCGAGCGUUGAUCUGCUGCGUCCUCACAUGUGGCAUUUAUGGUCGCCAGCAGCCUUGUGUUCCCCCAAACGAGAGCUCCACUGACCCAGCACCCAAAUCCGAACCUGAACCACGGCGGCCCGAGCCCAAAUCCGAGCCCAAAACCACUCACCUGCCCAGUUCUGGAAGUUUUCGUUAUGGAGACGUGUACAUAGCGGGAAAGAAAGUUGUUUACUCGCCGAAAUCAGAUGCUCCAGCUCGACGCAGCAGAUCUACAGCAAAGGGCGAGAGUCAGAGACCCAUCAGCAACACUAGUAUUUACUCCAGGGAGGAUCUGGACUUAGACGAAGUGGAUGAUGGAGGAACAGAUAUCGACUCACUUAUCACCAAAAAGCUUCUGGAACUUUAUAAACUGCACCAGAUCGAGCAGUUGGCCAAGUGCACGUCCGACCUGUCCUUCUCACGCAAGACGAAUGAGAUCAGCGACCUGAUCAACAGCAUCGCCCAGGACUACAACCUGGAGGAGCAGGAGGCCGAGUGUCGGCUCGUACACGGCGUCAUACGCAUCAGCACACGCAAGUACAAGUCUCAGACUUCUAAAGGAUAUAAAAGCAAAGACUAUAAAUCCCAGGAUGCAUUGCUGCAACCAAAUGGGAGGAGGGACGGGACAUUGCCAGACAGCGGGAAUGAAACCAUGACCUUUACCUUCAGCACAGAUGAACCAGAGAUGCUGGUGUCUGAUCUGACGCCGUCUGACGAGCUGGCGAGGAAGAUGAGAGGACACAGUGGGCGAAGCGCAGCGUACUCCUCAGGACUGGCCACGGACUCGUCUGCAGACAUGCUGCUGUGCUGACAAACGCCAGACGGAUUACAGACGUGUCGCAGGGAUUACAGACCGUACCUUGUAUUUAUUACACACCAGAUGUCUGGAUUAAACACUAAACAAUUUGAAGGCUAAAAGACAAUGUCACUGCCACCACCACACAGAGACGCACAGCUGGAUUAGACUCUCAGAUGUAAUCUCAUAUUCUAGAAGGAGGGUCUGGAUUAGAGGCUGCACAUCUGGAUUAAACACUUCACAGCGGGAUUACAGUUGCUGACAGAUUGUAGAAGACUGAAGGGGAUUUACAGACUGCACAGCUGGAUUAAAGAUCACUCUGUGGGUUUGGAGAGCACAGGCCUGAACCUAUCACCUCCUACCCAAGAGCAUUUUCAUCCCCAAUCUUCUCCAGAUAUCUGGAUUAGAGAUCACAAACCUGGAUUAAUGACUUUAUGGCAGGAAUUAGAGACGUGUGCAGGAUUACAGAUCUGUACUUUGGAUUAAACACACUGGAUUAUGGACACUCUGGCUGGAUUUUUUCUCUCACUCUGCACACUUUAUUACUGUGUGUGUGUGUGUGUGUGUGUGUGUGUGUGUGUGUGUGUGUGUGUGUGUGUGUUGGGUUAAACUCCGUGCCUGUGACUAUCCUGUAAAAACUCCUGUAUUGAGUCACAGAGCCGGGACCUGAGGAACCUGUGCUACGGCUGCUCUCAGACCACACACUGUCUCAGCGUCUCUAUGUCUCAGUCUGUGCCUCUGUCUUCCUGUCUCAGUGUCUCUGUCUCAGUCUCAGUGUCUCAGUCUGUCUGUCUUCCUGUCUCAGUGUCUCAGUUGUAUCAGUGUCUGCGUGAAGAGUAUUGUCAUGUUGUCCUUCACUCAGACUUGUGUUACGCUUGUCCCUCAGGCUGCUUUACCUCCAGGCCCUUUGUGUUGAUGUUUCACUUAUAAAGAACUGUGCAAUUUAGUUUGUUGUGUUUUAUGAAAGUUCCAUUGUAUAUUUGCCUGUAUUUUGGGUACGUGUGUGUGUGUGUGUUUGUGAUGAACUCCACACACACACACACACAGUGUUACAUUUAGGAAAAAGUUUUAUAUAUUUUUUUUAAUUUGCACUUUUCUGAACAAGCUUCUGUUCUUUUCUUUCUACAUGCCUCUCUGAAGACUACAGCCUCCUCCUCCACCGUGUGUGUGUGUGUGUGUGUGUGUGUGUGUGUGUUAAACUGUGAACUCGUUUGUCUGGUUUGACAAAGCAGGAAACAAAUAAAGGAAUUAAAGGAAAUGAAAUCCGCGUGCGUGCGUGUGUGUGUGUGUGUGUGUGUGUGUGUGUGUGUGUGUGAGGAGGCGUUGAAACACUCAUUGAGGCUUUUUGGAAGUUUACAAUCGCAUUUAGCUGAUAUUAUUCUUUUUGGAAUUUUUUAAUAAAGUGCAAAAACGUU